CAAAAAAAGAGACAAAAAUGAAGGUGUUGAAGAGAGAUGAGAUGUUACUAAUAACCUUAAUAUGUAUCUUGUUAACAUCUUCAAUGGCUCGUCAAAAUCCUUCUUUGUUUAGAGUCAUGAGAGACGAAGUUCCAACCGGAACCGAUCUAAAACAAAUCAAGGCGCAACCUCAUCUUCCUCCUUUGUUUCAAAUUAAGAGAAUAGUUCCCACUGGUCCCAACCCAUUACAUGAGAUGGUGGCUUCUCCUCAUUAGUCUUCCAAACUAUGCUUGGAAUUGAGAAAUAAAUAAAAAAGCAUCAACUAUUGUACUCAAUAUUAAUCAAUUAUACUUUAUCAUAUUUAA